UUUCCUAUAUAUACACAUGUCUAUCUACACGUAUUCAACCAUCAACCAAACCAUUACUCACUCAUUUCCUUUCUUUCUUCAUUCUUCAUCUAUACCAAAACAACAUUAAAAAUGGACGGAAGUUGCAUAGAUGAGCAAAGCACAACCAGCGACUCAUUGCCAAUCUCACAAACAUCCUCACCGCCUUCCAUUAUAUUCACUUCUUUACCCCUCAAAAACUCCCCCGAGAGGCUAUGCCGAAUGGGGAGCGGCGCAAGCGUUGUUCUCGAUUCCGAGAACAACGGCUUAGAAGCGGAGUCACGAAAACUCCCCUCUUCUAAGUUUAAAGGAGUUGUUCCCCAGCCAAACGGCCGCUGGGGCGCUCAGAUUUACGAGAAGCACCAGCGGGUUUGGCUGGGCACGUUCAACGAGGAACAUGAAGCCGCGAAGGCUUACGACAUCGCGGCCCAACGCUUUCGGGGCCGCGAUGCCGUAACAAAUUUUAAGCCAUUAUUAGACACUGAAGAUGAGACUAAUUUUCUCAACUCUCACUCGAAAGCCGAGAUUGUAGAUAUGUUACGAAAACAUACCUACAAUGACGAGCUGGAGCAAAGCAAACGUAACUGCGGUUUCCAAAAAUGGAGUCACGGUAACAGCAUGUGUGAUAAAAUUGUUAGCGCGCGUGAACAUUUAUUCGAGAAGGCCGUGACGCCUAGCGAUGUGGGGAAACUAAAUCGGCUAGUGAUCCCGAAACAACACGCCGAGAAGCAUUUCCCGUUACAGAACGGAGCCACCUCGAAAGGCGUUUUGUUAAAUUUCGAGGAUGUUGUGGGGAAAGUAUGGAGAUUCCGUUAUUCAUAUUGGAACAGCAGUCAAAGUUAUGUGUUGACUAAGGGUUGGAGCCGGUUUGUUAAAGAGAAAGGAUUGAAAGCCGGUGAUGUUGUUAACUUUCAAAGAUCGAGCGGACCGGAUAAGCAGCUUUACAUUGAUUGGAAAGAGAGAACCGGGCCCGGUUUAGUCACUGCAGCUCCGGUUCAGAUGGUGAGGUUGUUCGGUGUUAACAUAUUUAAGGUACCGAGUCACGGAGUUGCGGGUGUUAAUAACAAUGUUAACGAUGAUCAAGUUAGUUUUUGUAACGGGAAAAGAAGGUUGGAGAUGUUAGGAUUAGACUGUAAUAAGAAACAAAGAAUUAUUAAUGUUGUUUAGAAUUUAUGUUUUGGUACGGCGGUGAAUCGGCAGCCGCGACGGCGGUGGCGUUGGCCGUUGUGACAGUGGUUUAAGUAAGGUUGCAAGUUGGAUGAAUUGUAUAUUAAUUGGUAGGCAAAAAAGCAGCCGAACAGAGCUGUUUCAAAUCUUGUAAUAGAAAAAGGCAGAAAUAGAAAAUAAUUGUCAAUUUGUAACAUGUUCGUUAUCUGAAUAAUGGUAUAUUAUUGCAUUAUUUAAA